AUGGCUAAGACAAAAAAUGGUUCCAAACCUAAUUCAAGAUCAGGUUCUAAGAAGAAUACUCCAGUUAACACUCCAACAAAAAAAAAUCCAAAGUUAAAAGCAGCAAAUAAUAAAGCUCCAAAGAAAGAUGAUUUACCAAUUCCAAAAGCUCGUAUAGAUGCUGCUAUUAGUGAAUUGCGUAAAUUUUCUAGUAAAAAAGAUACAGAAGAUGAAGACUCUAAGAAGAAUUUGUUAGAUGAUGACGAAGAUUCCACCGAUGAUUUAAACAAAAGUUUCCAAUUAAUCACUGUUAAUAAUAAAUCUUUUACUGGUACUACUAAAUCUUUUAAAUUAAAGAUGUUACCUGUUCCACAUUCCUUAUAUAAAUCAUGGAAAAAGGCUUCUGUGACAUCUGUAAAGGAUUUCAAAACUUUAUUAAUUUUAAAAGAUGAUGAUAUCUCAAAAGUUGCUGAAGAUGACUUAUUUGACAAACUAAAUGAAUCCGAUAUCACUAUUGAUCAAAUUAUUUCUGGUAAGGAUUUAAAAACUGUUUAUAAAGCUUUUGAAAAGAGAAGAGCAUUCAUUUCUGAAUUUUCUUUAAUUUUAGCGGACGAAAAUAUAAUUACAACAUUACCUAAAUUACUUGGUGGUAAGUUUUAUAAUAAAGUAGAAACUACACCAAUAAGUAUAAGGUCAUAUAGCUCUGGUAAAGUAUUUUCUAUUGAAACCCUAACCAAUAGCAUUAAGAAAGUUUACUUAAAUCAAUUACCAGUUUCAUUACCAAGAGGUACCACUAUGAAUGUUCAUUUAGGUAACUUACAAUGGUUUGAUAAUAAGGAAUUAUCAGAAAAUGUAACAUCGAUUACUAAAAAAUUAUUAGAAACGUAUCCACUUAGAUCUAUUUUCAUUAAAACUAAUAAAUCUCCAGUUUUACCAUUAUAUUACAAUCAAGAUGUAUUAAAUGAAAUUGCAGCUUCAGCUGAAAGCAAAGCUAAUGCGGAUAAUAAUGGCAGAGAAAUUCAAUCUGUUAAGAUUGAUGGCAUGGACGUUAAAUUAACCGCUUUCGAUAAGGCAUUAUUAGAGAUCACUAACCCUGAUGAGGUUUCUACUGUAUUUGCUAAACAAAUCAAUGCUACAAAGAGAGCUAGAGAAGACGAGAAGGAUGAGAAAGUUGAGAAAGAUGAUGAAAAGAUGACAACUAAAAAGGCUAAAAAGGCAUAG